CGUCGCUCUCGUUCGUCCAUUUUCGCAACGAAGGCCCAAAAAACUGCAAGAAUCACAGUCAACCUUAUCUCGCUGCAUUUCGUCAUACAGAUUGGAGGCAAUCCAGAAAUGCAUCGCCACGCGCGAUAGAGAUCCAAGAUCUCUCGAUCCCUUUGCUUGCGAUACAAUGCCUCGGAUCUCUCUUGCUGCGACUGCUGCUCUUCUUCUUCUCCAACUCUCCGUUGCGCCGAUCGCUCGAGUCAGCUCGCACCAGGAAUCGGGCGAGGGGAGCUGCGAGACCGAAUCGAAGGUCCGAAUCGAGGCCGGCUUCAAGCCCGGAACCAUCACUCUGGAUGGGCACGGCGACGAUUGGAAGGACAUCGAGGGGUCCGAGUUUUCCCUGCUCCCGGCGCUCGACCCAGACGAUGACAAGGAGUACGGCGGUGGGAAAAUGAUCGUCAAGGCUGUGCACGAUGGGACUAGUGUGUUCUUCUUGCUGCAGGUUGAUGGGAACUAUGUUUACUCUAAAGGGGAGAGCCCCAAAUGCCCCUCAGUUGCUCUAAUGUUCCAAAUUGGUGAAAGUGCCUCCUAUCAUAAUAUGGGCGGGUGUAAGGAAGGAACUGAUACGUGCACAAACAAAACAUGCAAAGGCCAUGAAGUUGACAUCAUGCACUUUUCAAUUGGGAAUGCCAUUCCUGGGCGACUUUAUGGUGGAAAUCCAAUAGACAAUGGAGAAGGAAAUGGUGGUGACAGAUUCGGCCAUCUGGUCGAUCUUUAUUCUUGGAGCCCACAUUGUAGAUACAUUGAUGGAACUGGUCCUACAGGGAAUGACUCCAGCGGGCUGAAUGACUGGAAUGGAGCAUGGUGGCAUAGCAGCUUCACUGUUCACUCAGGUUUUGUGGAGGAAGACAGUCCAUAUGCUUCAGAUGGUCAGAAGGGCACAUAUUACUUUGAGUUCUCUAGGCCUUUGCGAACUAUGGAUCGAAUACAACAGGAUGCCCAAUUCACAAUAGGGGGAUCAAGCAAGAUGUCAGUGGCAUUCUGGUAUCCUGUCAAUGGGAACCCAUGGCAUGGGUCGGGGCACUUCUCCAUCAACUGUGACUGGGUACCUCUGGACAUAUCAUUAGGAGGCUCGUUCCUUACAAAGACGGCAUCGCAAAGUUCAUGGGAUGCCACUACAGCCUUCUCCCUAUUUUUGUCGGUCGUCUCGUUGUGUCUAUCUGUAUUCAUGAUGUACCGCGUCUUUGGACCUAGGAAUGAUCGAUAUAAACCCAUGGAGGAAGUAGCUCUGGGGACAAUAGAGUCGUAGAACAGUCCUGGCAUUGUACUAUUAGUUUGUACUUCUUAGAUCAGUACCACUUCCUAUAGCUCAACUUUGGUCGUCCUUUGUAUGUCAUUUUUUAAAUGGAGAUGGCUUGUUGGGUUGUGUCC